AGGCAAAGGCAGGGAGCAGAUCGUCUCCGCAAUUUGCGAUGGGUGCGUACACAUACGUAUCGGAGCUAUGGAGGAAGAAGCAAUCGGAUGUGAUGAGGUUUUUGCUGAGGGUGAGGUGCUGGGAGUACCGCCAGCUUCCUUCCAUAGUUCGCGUCACCAGGUCCACUCGUCCCGACAAGGCUCGUCGCCUUGGCUACAAGGCUAAGCAGGGAUAUGUCAUCUAUAGAGUUCGUGUGAGACGUGGGGGUAGAAAGCGUCCCGUUCCCAAGGGUAUUGUUUAUGGCAAGCCCACAAACCAGGGUGUGACUCAGCUGAAAUUUCAGCGGAGCAAACGCUCAGUUGCUGAGGAGCGUGCUGGCAGGAAACUCGGUGGCCUCAGGGUUUUGAACUCUUACUGGAUUAACGAGGAUUCCACCUACAAGUACUUUGAGGUAAUAUUGGUUGAUCCUGCCCACGCUGCAAUCCGCAACGACCCUAGGAUCAACUGGCUCUGCAACCCUGUACACAAGCACAGAGAGCUUCGUGGUCUGACCUCGGCUGGGAAGAAGUUCAGGGGUCUCCGAGGAAGGGGACACUUGCACCACAAAGCCCGACCUUCAAGAAGGGCAACCUGGAAGAGGAACCAGACACUCUCCCUCCGCCGCUACCGUUAAUGUUAGAUACUGUUUUGGAGUUUUUGUUUCUUUGCCUUGUUUUGCUAUGAUGGGAAUUGUUCACUGUUUUGGAGAGCUCAAGACUAUAUUUUUGUCUGUUUUUCACCCAAGAUAUUAGAUACCUAAGACAUCACCGAAAAUCAGUCCAUUGUUGUUUAAAGUUAAAAUAUCACUUGUCUUUUGUUGUUGCGUUUUGAAUUGAGUUGCGUUUUCAUUA